AGGAAACGGAAAAGACGCAACAGAGCCUACAAGAAGGUUUUUCAUUUCAAAACCCCGGGGCUGUGGAAAGAACAGAAAGUUCCUGUGUUUUUUUUUUUUACCCCAUCUUUCUCACUUUGCCUUCAUCUCUGGACCACCACCACCUCCACCCCCCCCUCCUGUUUUCCUGUCCUGUUGUUGCCUCUUUUCUGUGCGUCUUUUCCAGCUGUGUGCAGCUGGCAGGACGCACCCACCCUGUUCGGGGGAAAAAGGGACCGAGAGUGAUCGGAGGAGAGAGAUGUCACCCCCAGCCCCACAGCCGGAGGUGAGGAAGAACAUCCAGCAGUUCCUCAGGAGUUUUCUGGGACUCAUCCGGAUCCUGCAGAUCGUCUUCGGGGCCGGACUGUGGGUCACGAUCGCCGCCAACAAAUACGAAGGCUCCAUCCACUUCGUCCUGUUCGUGGCUGUCCUCUUCUGGCUCCUCACCCUGGCCCUGUUCUUCCUGACCCUCCUGGACAAGCAGGACCUGGUCCCUCUGUUGGGUGGGGACCGCUGGUUGACCACCAACCUGGCGCACGACGUGGCCGCCGCCGUGCUCUACCUCCCGGCCAUAGGGGUGAUGAUCUACAAGACGGACCGGAACUCCUACUGCAACCUGGAGAAGUACAAGCACCCCUGCGUGUACAAGGCCUACCUGACAGCCGCCGUGUUCGCCUGCCUGUGCUGCCUGUCCUACCUCCUGUCCGUCAUUUACGGGGCGUGUAGAAAAUGCAGGGGCGAACAAACAGUCAUCUGAUCCAAACUGAAAGAAAGGGGGCUGGGGUGGGGGUGGGGGGGGUCCGAGGAAAUCCACAGCAAGAUGAGGAAUAGUUAACUCCACUGUAAUGUUACUCUUCAGCUAUUGUAAUCAAAGAUGUGCCCCUUUGGAGGCAGUUUACACCCCAAGGCAUGAUGGGAAAUCUCUCUGUGGUAAGGGUGGGUGACCAUGUUGAUAAUUAUCAUGAUAAAUGUCAUUGUUUUUGUUUUUUUUAAUUUCUUUCACAUGUUGUUAGCCUCAUAGCAGAAUUAAGUAAUAAGUCAUAUUUUUGGCCAAACUGUGUCCCAGAUAGCAAUUACCUUUGGGCCGGAUCCGCAUUAAAGCGUUUACAUCCGUUUAUAGCUUAGAUCCGUUUUCUGACUUCAGACCAAAUCUGCAUCUGAUCCGUCUUUCAGCUCUCUCUAGCAGUUCCGGAGUUGUGCUGACUUAUAGAUUCCCAGAACAGUCUCCCAUCACACAACCAAGACUGAUUUUCAAAGUUGUAAUGCUGAUCUGGACCAGAAUCGUAAUAUGAAUCUGGACCAGAGUCGUAAUACAAAUCUGGGCCAACAUGAUUCUUGUGUAUAUUCUAGAUGUGACUGAACGGAGCUGGGUCAGAGCUGUAGAAGAUCUGUUUUGCAGAGCAGUACCUGUUUUGGCCCGAUGUGCGUUUGGACACCGGGACGGAUCUGCCAAAUGGUUUUGGCCCGAGUCGGGGUGCGAUUCUGUUCCAGAUCCAUCCCAGUAUUUCUUUGCUAUCUGGGGUGUGAGUGCGGCAUAUAACUCACUAGCCAUGAACAUCAGAGUCAGUAAACAAAGGGUCUGGAAUCCAGUGGUCUUUACUUAAAACUUAGAUUGAUACAAACAAAAGAGGAAUUUCUAAAUUAAAUUACAUGACGGUCAAAAGACUGUGAUGCUCCUGGGGUCCGGGCUUCCGGUUCCGCUUUUCUUUCUUUUAUAAUCUUAGCAGCCAAUAGGAUUGCAUCACACAAUACUGUCAAGACUUAUGCUGUUAUUACUUAACAUUCAUAUAAUAUACGUAAAUUAUUAAUAAGAAAUCAAAUCUAAAUAUAAAUAUGAAUUUUUAACUGAAGCGCAAAAAAUGGCUCUAACACUGUGAUAUCUGUUUAACUUUACUCUCCUAACACUGCAUUGGUUAGGACCUAAAAAAAAAGUAUGACUUAUGUAAUUUUGCUAUGAGGUUAACAGUAUUUAAAGGCUGGUUGUUGGCUCUGAGUGACAGCUAAAGAAGCAGACAGGUAUUUCAUUAACCUCAUUAAGUCGUAUUUUUGGCCAAAUUGUAACACCUGCGUAAAAUGAAGCAACAGUGUUAGGAGAUUAAAGUUACGUCGAUAUCACAAUUUGGCCAAAAAUAUGACUUAGGCAAUUAUGCUUUAAGGCUAACAAUUUGUGGUUUUAAAUUGCUUGUUAGAGAUCCAAAACAAGAUAAAAACAAGUGGUGCCAGGCAGAACAAA